CGUUGGUCUAACACUGGACCACCACACAGUGCCUCUGGGGAAUCUGCAUGGCAUAGGGAAACUGCUUACCGCAGGGAUGGAAGUCGAGAAGAGCAUGAGGAUGAGAGCCCUAUUUGCUGUGAAGGAGCUGGUAGCUGGGAUCACUACAGGGGGGUAGGAGGAUAUGGUACAUCGGGCCAGUGCUCUACAGAAGGCUCAGAACAUCUCUCUCUUCAUUCUGGGAAACAUUACAACUCACCUGCCAGCAGUUCUAGCAGGGAAGAGUGGCAGAAACGGAGUAGAAGGUCACAAACCAAAUCUGGGAUUACUGUUCCAACAAAUACUGACCUUGAAAAGCCCACUGUGGGAUAUGAAUGUGCUGCUGAUUUUUCCUACCCUCAAAGUUCUGGUUACCAUUCAGUUGAUGGCCAUGAUGGAGAAGCAGAGGAAUUUGACUAUGGGCAAUCAAAUGAACUGAGCUAUAUGACAGAUUGUAAUGUGGAUAGUUAUCAGGAAACUUAUUCAGCCUACGAAGACUCUUCAGUAGUGAGAUGGACUCAGGCAUCCUUAUGUACCACUGUAGCUGAUGUGGAUAGGGCAUUCGUCCAAGAUACUGGAGCCACCAACCAAAGCUUAGAAAACCGGCUCCCUCACUCUGGCAGUGCAGAUGUCCAAGCUGGUGGUUUCAAUGUCAAGCGCAUAGGCCGAGCUGUACUUGAUUUCAGCUCUGCCUUGCGGGGAGCAUUGCGCAAAGUUGAAGUACCUGGAGCCCAGAAUCCUGGAGAGGAAGCAGACGUUGAAAUACCAAUGCCAUCUGACCUGCCUACAGCCGAACUGUCUUCAAAACCUCUAUGCUAUGAAACACAAUUUGAACAAACAUGUAAUGAAACCCUGAAAGGUGAAGUGGCUUAUAAUAGUAUUGCUGUUGGGGAAUUGAGCAAAUACAACACUCUAGACAAGUCAGAUCGUUUAUCUGUGGAGCCUAUGCUUGAAGAAGCCAACAACAGCCUUACAUUGGAGUAUAGAGACACCUGCCAACACCCUCCUUGUUUGGAAAAGAUCCCCCCAUUCCCAGAAGAAGUUUCAGUCUGCCCUGACCCAUUUUCCAGUAGCACUUCAGUAUUGCCUCCACCUUAUGGCCUUACAGAACAACCUGCAGAAGGUCCUGCAGAUCUGACCGUUAAAACCCAGCUUUCGCAAUGCACCACUGCAGAAUCCCUUUCGGCUGAUGAACUUGCAGCACUGGGGGAGCAGGGAGAAACUGAAGUACCACUGCCACAGCAUCUGGCAACAGACACUGUGCCCUCAGAAGGCAAAGUAAAAGGAAAUGCAGCAGAGCCACCCUUAGAGAUAAGCCAGAUGGAUGAACGCAGGCUAAAGUGCCUGAGGACCUUCCAGCAGAUUAUGCGGGAGAAGAGGGAGACCCGACGCAACCUCACCAGUAUGACUAUGUCCACCUUCUCUCAGGAUGACGACGAACCAGAUGGAAGUCAAGAUGGAGAUCAGAUCCGAGAUCAAGAUGCUGACCCGAGCAAGCACCCAUGGGCCAAGCCAGGGGGAAACACACCGUUUGGCAUUGACAGCAUGCCAGACCUCCGCAAGAGGAGGCCCAUUCCCCUUGUUAGUGAACUGGCUAUGUCUAUGAUACAGUCCAGGAAAGCUGGACUCGCCCACACACUGGCCACACGGACGUCCUUGAAAGACGAAGAGCUUAAAAACCAUGUGUACAAGAAGACCCUGCAGUCUCUGAUCUACCCCAUCUCUUGCACCACGCCACACAAUUUUGAGGUCUGGACGGCCACUACGCCCACCUACUGCUACGAGUGCGAGGGUCUGCUGUGGGGCAUUGCCCGGCAGGGUAUGCGCUGUGCGGAGUGCGGGGUCAAAGUGCACGAGAAGUGCCAAGAGCUGCUGAACGCCGACUGCCUGCAGAGGGCGGCCGAGAAGAGCUCCAAGACCGGGGCGGAGGACCGGACGCAGCACAUCAUCAUGGCUAUGAAGGACAGGAUGAAGAUUCGUGAGAGGAACAAGCCGGAGAUCUUUGACGAGAUCCAGAAGGUGUUCAACAUCACCAAGACAAUCCACGUCCAGCACAUGAAGAGCAUCAAGCAGAGCGUCCUGGACGGCACCUCCAAAUGGUCGGCCAAGAUCUCCAUCAACAUCGUCAGUGCGCAGGGUCUCCAGGCCAAGGACAGAACGGGCUCCAGUGACCCGUAUGUCACCAUCCAAGUAGGAAAGACCAAGAAGAGAACAAAGACCAUCUACGGCAACCUGAACCCAGUCUGGGAGGAAAAAUACAGCUUCGAGUGCCAUAACUCAUCGGAUCGUAUCAAGCUGCGGGUUUGGGACGAAGACGAUGACAUUAAGUCGCGAGUAAAGCAGCGUCUGAAGAGGGAGUCUGACGACUUCUUGGGUCAGAGCAUCAUCGAGGUCCGAACUCUGAGCGGGGAGAUGGACGUCUGGUACAACCUGGAAAAGAGAACAGACAAGUCGGCGGUGUCUGGUGCUAUUCGUCUUCAGAUCAGUGUGGAGAUCGAGGGAGAGGAGAAGGUGGCACCCUACCACGUGCAGUACACGUGCCUUCAUGAGAACAUGUUCCACUUCUCGACGGACAUAGAGGGAGGCGGCGUCGUGAAGAUCCCCGCGGCUCACGGAGACGAUGCCUGGAAGGUUUACUAUGAUGAGUUGCAGCAGGACAUCGUGGACGAGUUCGCCAUGCGCUAUGGCAUCGAAUCCAUAUACCAGGCCAUGACCCAUUUCUCUUGCCUGUCCUCUAAGUACAUGCUGUCAGGGGUGCCGGCAGUGAUGAGCACUCUGCUGGCCAACAUCAAUGCCUUCUACGCCCACCCAACCGCCUCCACCAACGUCUCUGCUCCGGCCAGAUUUGCAGCCUCCAACUUCGGGAGAGAUCGUUUUGUGAAGCUCCUGGACCAGCUGCACAACUCCCUCCGUAUCGACCUCUCCAUGUACAGAAACAACUUCCCAGCCAGCAGCAAGCCUCGCCUCAGUGACCUCAAGUCAACAGUGGAUCUUCUCACCAGCAUCACCUUCUUCAGGAUGAAGGUCUUGGAGCUGCAGAGUCCUCCCAGGGCCGCCAACGUGGUGCGGGACUGCGUUAAGGCCUGCCUGAACUCCACCUACGAGUACAUCUUUAACAACUGUAUGGAGCUCUUCAACCGCCAGUUCCAGCCCGCCGUGCAACCACCUGAGCCAGAGAAGAAAAAGAAGAAGAAGAAGGAAAAGGUGGAAGGAGAGGAGGAGGAAGGUGAUGAAGAGGAAGAAGAGGAGGAGGAGGAAGAGGAGGAGAAGAAAGAGGAGAACCAGCAGGAGGAGCAGGGCCCGAGCAUCCAGAAUCUGGAGUUUUGGCCUAAACUCAUCACGCUCAUCGUCUCCAUCAUUGAGGAGGACAAGAACUCCUACACACCCAUCAUUAACCAGUUUCCUCAGGAACUCGAUGUGGGUAAAGUCAGCACGGAGGUCAUUUGGCGGCUGUUUGCUCAGGACAUGAAAUAUGCCCUGGAGGAACACGAGAAGCAUCGACUCUGUAAGACUGCUGACUACAUGAACCUGCACUUCAAGGUCAAGUGGCUUUACAACGAGUAUGUUAAGGACCUGCCCGCCUUCACAGACACUGUGCCUGAGUACCCUGCGUGGUUCCUCCAGUUUGUCCUGGCCUGGCUGUCUGAGAACGAGGAAGUGUCGAUGGAGUUCAUGCACGGGGCGCUGGAGAGAGACAAGAGAGAAGGGUUCCAGCAGACGUCUGAACACGCUCUGUUCUCCUGCUCGGUGGUGGACAUCUUCACUCAGCUCAACCAGAGCUUUGAGAUCAUCAAGAAGCUGGACUGCCCUGACCCCACUGUGGUGGCUCAUUAUAACCGACGCUUCGCCAAGACGAUCACCAAAGUGCUGCUGCAGUACUGUGCCCUGCUGGCCAAGAGCUUUCCCUCCUACUGUGAGAAGGAGAAGAUACCCUGUGUGCUGAUGAACAACAUCCAGCAGAUGAGGGUCCUGUUGGAGAAGAUGUUCGAGUCAAUGGGAGCAAAACAGGCUGAAAAGAAAGACAAAGAGAAGCAGGAGGAGACUAGGAGCAAACAGUCGAAGGAGGAAGUAAACCAGACUGAAGCCACAGCUGCCACAAAGAAGCUGGAUACAGAGGCAGCUGACAUCCUUAAUGACCUGCAGGUGAAGCUCAACAGCUUCCUGGACAACUUUAGCAUGGUGUUUGCCAAGAGUUUCCAGACUCGUAUUAACGGCUGCAUGCGUCAGAUGGCUGAGAUCCUCUACCAGAUCAAAGGCCCGCCCAACCACAACACUGCAGAAGCAGACGCUGACAACAUGCUGAGGCCCCUCAUGGAGUUCCUGGAUGGGAAUCUGAGCAUCUUUGCUGACGUCUGUGAGAAGACGGUGCUGAAGAGGAUCCUGAAGGAUCUGUGGAAGAUCGUCCUGAGCAGCCUGGAGAAGAGCAUCGUCCUGCCACAGAGCAACGACAGCCUGGGCGCCCAGCUCCUCACAGCAGCUAAAGGACUGUCUAAUCUCAAGGGAGGUGGUGAAGCCAAAACCUUGACGCCCAAACAAUGUAUAAUUAUGGAUGCAGGGCUGGAGACGAUCAAACAAUACUUCCAUGCAGGAGGAAACGGGCUGAAGAAGGCAUUUGUCGAGAAAAGUCCUGAACUUGCUUCCCUGCGUUACACCCUUUCACUCUACUCCCAGAGCACCGAUGCUCUCAUCAAGACUUUUGUCACCACACAGCACUCCCAAGUGCAUGAUGGAAUGGGCGUCAGAAUCACUGGCAAUGAGAAGAUUCGACCUGAUAGGGGAUCGGGGAUAGAGAAGCCUAUCGGAGAGGCCGUUCUGCAGAUCGACAUGAUGCUCGGGAAGGAACGCAAAGUCAUUGUCAGAGUCAUCGCAGUGAACGACAUGAAGUGGCAGACAUCGGGGAUGUUCCGGCCUUUCGUUGACAUCUCGAUGGUUGGUCCCUUCCUGGCUGACAAGAAGCGCAAGUUCACCACAAAAUCUAAGAACAACAGCUGGUCUGCGAAGUUCAACGAGGCUUUCCAGUUUGUCCUGGGUAAGGAAUCCCCAGACUGCUAUGAGCUCCAGGUGACGGUGAAGGAUUACUGUUUCGGCCGUGCGGACCGGGUGGUGGGCAUGGCGAUGAUUCAGCUGCGUGACGUCGCUGAUCGCAAAAGCUGCGUGUGCUGGUGUCCGCUUGGGCCACGCAUUCAAACAGACGAGACGGGAUUGACGGUGAUGCGCAUCCUUUCUCAGCGGCCUGCUGACGAGGUGGCCAAGGAGUUUGUCAAGAUGAAAUCUGAAACUCGUCCUGUGGAGGAAGGAAGAUGAGCAGAGACCGUGACUCAAGCUCAAAGAAAUGAUGAAAAUGUGAAACUGACAUGGAUCAGGCUCAGGGUUUAGAGUCAGGGUGACUAUUAAAACCUCUGAUGUGGAGGAGAUCCUUCAAAAGACACAGUAGACACAGCUAUUUGUCAUAGCUAUAGUAACGAAGAAGUGUAUUUAAGUCAAUGGGCACAUUUUGGGAAGGAGAUGAUCUCUCAAAAUGUUGAAAAAGAAGAACAUUAUCAGCACCAAUCUUCUAAUUCUGAUGUUUAUCCGAGGCAAACUAAAUCUGUCACCUGUUGGCCGUCAGAGCUGCUAAUCCACAGCUUCUUACCAAACAACAUACAUUCACUGGAAUGAAUGGACUUGUGUCUCUGUCUACCAGACAGUAUGAAAAUAUGUGAAAAGGCAUUUAGUUUUAAAACUGAAUGGACCUGACUGACUGUUUAAUGACCAAAAACAAUUUAUGAGAUGAGAGAAGAGUAAAUUGGAUGAAGUAAUCCCAUAUUCUUGAACUGUUUGAGCCUUUGGGCCUUUUGACAGCCAACAGACAUCUUGUGACAUCGGCACCACUACUGACUCUGGUAAUCCAACACAUUAAAAUGAACAAAUGUCAUACUUAACAUGAGGUAAAGUUUAUAAGAAACAUUUAAGCAGGUAACCUAUAGCGACUUUUUCAAAAAUCAUAUUUCGGAAAUUGAGCGAAAGAACUAAAAUAAAAGAGCAUAUGGUUCUUUUCAAAACGGAUCACGCGUUACUCGUUUCUGAUGAAAGAAAGUGCAGCACACAUCUGCCGCAUCACGUGUCACAUCCUCUGAUUCACGCCAAUGGACACCAGUAGCACCAGAUGCAUCUUACAGGAAAAAAAGUAGUCAGGAUACGUAUGUCAAUCAAUAGGGUGAAUGUAAUCAAAUUGCAGCGUUUCUGGAGAAUUGACGCAUGUCUACGCUGGAAAAUACUGUAGGACAGGCAUAUUUUUGAUGAAUUCGAAGCAAGAAGUAUGUUAAGAUGCUUGUGCAAUAUUUUUCCCAGACUGGAUAUAUAAAACCUUGAAAAUAAAGAAAACAAUAUACACUGAGAUAGGAUUCUCAGUUAAAAUAUACUGUCAGUUCUUAUGAAUAACGUAGCCUUAAAAAAAAUAAUUUAAAAAAGAAGCCGGCUAGCUAACGUAGCUAGUUUACGUACACCGUGCUCAGACUUUGGCGGCAUCUAGCAACCAACUGAAUAACCGCCAUUUACAAGACUGCUGUGUGAGCCAAACAUGAAUGGGUUCUACAACAUUAAAUUGUAACGCAUAAAGACAUUGAUUUUUUCGAAAGCAAAGAAUUAUGGGUACAAGUUAAAAAUAUGUGACAGACCUCUGAACUGUGGCCUGUCAAACAAAGUGCAGCUUCUCUGCACUGACAACAAAUGCAGUGUCAGAGAUUUUUAAUUUAGCUCUUCUGUUUUUGCCAAGUGUCAAACUGUGACUGUAGACACUGUUUACCUGUGGACCUGCUCUUAAUGGAGACGACCAAUAGUUGACGACCUGUUUUUAGGGGUUAAAUAGUGUGAACACCUUUAUGAAGGACCAGAAAUGGACCUCUAAAAAUUCCAUUUUAGCCUGUUUUGCCGUUUUAAAUAGGAUGAGAACUAAAGUUGUUCAGCCUUGCCAUGCAUGCACAGUCACAAACUGUACCAAUCAUAUGUUUAUGAAUAUCUGAUGUGUGUUUUUGCAUUAGACGCACUAAAAACUUGGACCUGGAUGGAACAUAAAACAUGCAGGCAGGUUGUUCGAUUGAUGGAAGUCUAACUAGGCUUGAUCCAAACUCUUGUAUGUUUACUAUGUGCCAAGGAACGCAAGUGUUCAGUGAGCCAUGUUCAGCUAGCUCUCUUAACGUUUUCUGUUUGCAGACACAUGUGGCCAUUGUAGAUUUCCCAAUUCUUACUGCACGUUUGCCAAAACUAGCUGCACUUUGGCUCCACACUCAAGAGGAUAUGUUUGGUAGAAUUUAGAUGAGAUAGUCUGUAAACUAGUUUAGAGUUUUGUCUUUGAUUCUGCUGUCUUAAACCGAACCAACAUUUGUCUGCAGUAGGAUAUACAAGUCAUUUUACAAUGGCCACAGCUGUAGUACCAACUGAACUCUUGCACUGUUUAAAACUAACUAAGUUUGUAAAAAUAAACAACAAUAAAAGCCUAAGACCAGAGCAUGUAUUUAUUGUAUAGAAAGUCAACUAGAAUUGUGAUCUUUUCACGUAUGUACUCUGAAAUAUGAAGGAUGAUCAAAUGUAUGUAAAGUAGCUAUCAUUAUUCUAAUGUGACAUAUGUUGAAUAUACUUGUAACAAUAUUUUGUACAUAAAAUAUUUAUG